CUCCGCGCAACCAAACGCGACCCGAGGUGGCGGAGGACCCGCGCGUCGCGGUUCCACCGUCGCGGCCGUCUGCUGUGUUUUCUAGCCCAAGUCCAGAGCUUUCUUGGUUCAAUUUCUUCAGCUCCCAUUGGAUGACACAUAUUAGAAAACGGCCUCAGGGUCUAGCCAGCUGUAUAUAGACUUCAAUGAAUCCUCCUUCUACUUCCAAAUGUCACUUCAUGGAUUCCUUUGGGCAACCCAGACCAGAAGAUAACCAGUCAGUAGUUAGCAGAAUGCAAAAGAAAUACUGGAAAACUAAACAGGUCUUUAUCAAAGCAACAGGAAAAAAGGAGGAUGAGCACGUGGUAGCAUCUGACGCUGAACUGGAUGCUAAACUCGAGGUUUUUCACUCCAUUCAAGAGACAUGCACUGAACUUCUGAAGAUAGUUGAGAAAUAUCAACUAAGACUUAAUGUCAUAUCAGAGGAAGAAAACGAGCUAGGACUCUUUUUAAAGUUUCAAGCAGAACGUGAUACAACGCAAGCUGGUAAAAUGAUGGAUGCUGCUGGCAAGGCACUCUGUUCUUCAGCCAAGCAGAGAUUGGCCCUGUAUACUCCUCUGUCUCGUCUUAAGCAAGAAGUGGCAACAUUCAGUCAAAGGGCAGUGUCUGAUACCUUGGUGACAAUUAAUCGGAUGGAGCAAGCACGCACAGAAUACAGAGGAGCGCUGCUGUGGAUGAAAGAUGUAUCCCAAGAGCUGGACCCAGACACCCUAAAACAAAUGGAAAAGUUCCGAAAAGUACAGGUCCAAGUGAGAAAUAGCAAAGCUUCUUUUGACAAGUUAAAGAUGGAUGUUUGUCAGAAAGUGGAUUUACUUGGAGCUAGUCGCUGCAAUAUGUUAUCCCAUUCACUCACUACCUACCAGAGGACACUGCUUGGAUUCUGGGAGAAAACAGCUCAAUUGAUGUCCCAGAUCCAUGGGGCCAGUACUGGCUUUCAUCUAUAUGAUUUUGUAGCUCUCAAGCAACUACAAGACACUCCAAGCAAGCUUACUGAAGACCACAAAGAAGAACAAAUAGAAAACAGUUCUCUCACUGAAAACCUCAAUAAGUUAGUUUUGUCAGAUGAGGAAGUGAGCUUGGGAAGUAAACCAGCAGCCAAAGAUCACAAGGAAAAGCAUUUUCAAAUAAGAGAAUUUGGAACACCUCAGGUUUCUAACUAUGAAAAUGUUGCAAAAGAUUUACCUGUUGAUUCACUGGAAGAUGAUUUUGAGAAAGAAUUCUCAUUUCUGAACAACUUGCUAAGUCCUGGUUCUUCAAGUACUGUUGAAUUUACCCAAGAAUGCCAGCCAGCCUUUGGGAUCCCAGGCACCAGCCUCACGUUCCAGGAGCCUUCUGUGGGAUCUGAGCCUCUUGCUCAUUCCUCGCGAUUCCUUCCUUCACAGCUGUUUGAUCUUGGCCUUCAUGCUGCUGGAGCUUUCAACAGCUGGGCCUCCCAAGGGGGAUUAGAAGUUCCUCUUUCAAAUACUGAUAACCAGCCAGUGCCUUCACAGAGUCCAAAGAAAUUAACAAAGUCUCCCAGCAAUGGUAACCAAGACAUGUCAGCCUGGUUCAGUCUGUUUGCAGACUUGGAUCCACUUUCAAACCCAGAUGCUAUUGGACACUCAGAUGAUGAACUUCUUAAUGCUUGAUUGAAAUUAUGUCG